GCGUGUGUGUGUAGCCGCGGCGCCCGCGGCUCUUCCACUCCGGCGGGCUCUUCACCCGCCCGCUCGCCUCGCGGAGGCACGCUUCCUUCUUUCUUUCCCUCCCUUCCUCCGGAUCCCUCGGCCUUGGUGGGGGCCAUGCCGUUGGUGCGCUACCGGAAGGUCGUGAUCCUGGGAUACCGCUCCGUGGGUAAAACAUCCCUUGCUCACCAGUUCAUUGAUGGGACAUUUCUGGACUGUUAUGACCCCACAGUGGAAAGCACUUACAACAAAAUGUUGAUGGUGGGGAAAGAUGAAUUUCACCUGCAGCUAGUAGACACAGCAGGACAGGAUGAAUAUACUAUCUUGCCUCAUUCGUUCACCAUCGGCAUCCAUGGCUAUGUGCUGGUGUAUUCUGUCACAUCCCUCAAGAGUUUUCAGGUGGUGAAGUCUUUGCACAGCAAAUUAUAUGAAAGCAGAGGGAAAACAAGGAUGCCUGUAGUGCUCGUUGGCAAUAAAGCUGAUUUAUCUCUAGAAAGCCGGCAGGUGAAGACCGAUGAAGGAAGGAAACUUGCCGAUUCCUGGGGUGCUGUUUUUUUGGAAUCUUCUGCAAAAGAAAAGCAGAUGACUCAAGGUAUUUUCACAAAGGUUAUUGAGGAGAUUGAUCGUGUGGACAACUCAUGUGGCGAGCAUCGUAGUUGUAUUCUCAUGUGAUGUCUCCUUUCCCCAUCUGAAGCCACUCUGCAGGUGCGAGGAGUCUGUCGGGAGACUCGGGCCAACUCAGGAGAGGCAUUAGAGCUACCUGGAGCCCCAAACAAUGGGUCUGAAGUAGCGUACGGGUAAUCCACACAGAAACAAAUAUAUACCUCAUUGAUCACCCCCUCGAGCAGGGGGCGGCCAUGUUUUGCACAUUAGUUUGCUAGAUGCAAUCUCUGUGUGUGUAUACACACAUAUAUAUGUCUUGCCAAAUGUUUACAGAACUAGGAGGUCAGGAGCACAAUAAGUUGUAUUUAUGUCUUUUUUUAUGAAGGGACUCUUCUGUAUAUUUGUAACAAAGUAUAAUCCAUACACAUGCAACUUUACACACAUAUUUGUUUACGUCUUUGGUGUACCUGAGAAGCAGCCAAGUGUAACUUUUUCCUGCUGUGGAAUCCACUGAGGGCUAGAUCUUUGAAUUGUACUCCUUUUUUAGCAGCAACUUGCAAUGCAGUCCCAAAUAGGCAGUUAUUUUUUUUUCAGUUGUGCUUUUGACAACCUGCUUUCUUUUCUUUUCUUUUUGGCAAAGUAUGGUCUUGAUCCAAAAUUUGACACCCCCCCCACCUUUUUGUUUUCAUAAGGUUUGAAAUGGCUGAUGGGUCAGCAAAACCUGAUAUUUUUUUUCUUUGAUUAUGCAAGUAAAAGCAACUUUCUUCAGGAGGCA